AUGAUCAUUACACAAAGUAAGUAUGUCAAAGAUAUCCUGACUGAUACAGGUAUCACACAAUCCAAAGCCACCAACACACCACUCCCUGUUGGACUGAAAUUGAGAGCAGGAUCUGGAGAACAACUCCAGAAACUAGAACCCUACAGAAGAUUGUUGGGUAGAUUUCUAUAUCUGGGCUUUACAAGACCAGAUAUAUGUCAUGCUACUCAACAGUUAAGUCAAUAUAUGCAGCAGCCUAGCAAGGAUCAUUGGGAUGUAGCACUGCAUUUAGUGAGAUAUUUGAAAGUGACAGCCAAUGGAGGUUUACAUUUCAACUCUACAGACUGUUUUAACUUGGAGGCCUUAUGUGAUGCAGAUUGGGCCACUUGCAAAGAGACUAGAAGAUCACUAACAGGGUACUACAUAUUCUUGGGAAAAAGUUUGGUGUCUUGGAAGAUCAAGAAGCAAACGACAGUAUUAAAAUCCUCAGCAGAAGCUGAGUAUAGGAGCAUGGGAUCAACUACUUGUGAAUUGCUAUGGAUUCACAGCCUUCUUAAGGACUUGGAGAUCAAUGUGCCUACACCUAUUCCCUUUUAUUGUGAUAAUCAAGCUACUCUCUAUAUAACUGCAAAUCCAGUCUUCCAUGAGAGAACAAAACAUAUAGAAAUCGAUUGCCAUUUGGUACGUGACAAAUACAAGGAAGGAUUCAUUGACCCCAAGCACAUUGCCUCUAAAGAUCAACUAGUAAACAUUUUCACUAAGAUACUGCCAGGUCCAAAAUUCAUGUUCUUAGUUUCCAAGCUGAACCUCGUUAAUAUUCGUAGAAGUUCAGCUUGA